AUGGAAUCCUUGGGCGUGCUGCUCCUGCACCCGCUGGACACGUACCUGGAGCAGGAGCUCGACCGCCGCUGCCGCCUCCUGCGCCUCUGGGACGCCCCGCUUGACCGCCGUGGCGAAUUCCUCCGCGCCCACGCCUCGUCGAUCCGGGCCGUGGUCACCGGCGGUGGCAGCGGCGGCGGCGGCGACGCGGCGCUCAUCGACGCGCUCCCGCGGCUCGAGAUCAUCGCGUGCUACGCGGUCGGCUUCGACCGCGUCGACCUCACCAGGUGCCGCGAGCGCGGGCUCCGGGUCACCAAUACCCCCGGCGUGCUCACCGACGACGUCGCGGACCUUGCCGUGGGACUCGCCAUCGCCGCUCUCCGCAGGAUCCCACACGCCGACCGCUACGUCCGCGCCGGCCUGUGGAAGGCCAAUAAUGGCCACUAUGGUCUCACCACUCAGUUCAGUGGCAAAAGAGUUGGCAUCAUUGGGCUGGGCAGGAUAGGGCUUGCCAUUGCCAAGAGAGUGGAAGGCUUCGGCUGCCCAGUCAGCUACUACCAGAGAACAAGGCAGCAGCAGGCAUACCCCAACUACACCUAUCUCCCAACCGUGGUGCAACUCGCAGCAGACAGCGACGUCCUCGUGGUGGCCUGCUCGCUGAACGAGCAGAGCCACGGCAUCGUGAGCCGCGAGGUGAUCGAGGCGCUCGGCCCCAGGGGCGUGCUCGUCAACGUCGGGCGCGGCGCGCACGUCGACCAGCCCGAGCUCGUCGCGGCGCUCGCUGAGGGCCGCCUCGGCGGCGCGGGGCUGGACGUGUUCGAGGCCGAGCCAGACGUGCCCGAGGCGCUGAUGGCGCUCGACAACGUCGUCCUGGCACCGCACAUGGGGAGCGGGACGCGCGAGACCCGCAAGGCCAUGUCGGACCUGGUGCUCGCCAAUCUGGAGGCGCAUGCUCUCAGCAAGCCGCUGCUCACUCCGGUUGUCUGA